AUGCCCAAACGCGUAUCGAAGAACGUUACAAUAACUCAGGUUUCAUUAUUAUCUCAAGAAGAAGAAUACAAUAAAAAAUUAAAAGCUAUAAAAACGAAUGAAGAUUUAAAACAAAAGUAUUUUCGUUGUUGGAAAUGGAAUAUGACUCCACCAGCUGAGCAUUUACUGAAUACAAGGGAUCAGAAUUCGAUUCGAUUAACUACAACGAUAUUACUCUUUGUAUAUUUUGUUUUAUUUGGUGCAUCGAUUUACCUGAGUACUGCAACGUAUUAUAAAGGUCAACAACAUGAAGUUGAUAGAAUUCUUGCCGAAUGUGUUCGUGAUUUUCCUGCUUUCCUAAAUGACACAACAAAUUGUUGUGAAUGUGUCAGUAAACAUUUAUUUUUAAAAAGCAUACCAAAAUUACUUGUUAAUGUACAUGUUAAAACUCGUGAAUUUGAAAUUUGUCAAAUAUUAUUCACUGUAACAGGUGCAAUAAACAAUGGUGUCAUAUGGUACGUAUGGGGUGGUCCCCGGUUAUUAGUUGGAUCAGCUGUUUUGGUAACAUUAGCUGGAGUAGGAACAUUGUACACCACGAAUGAAUUUUAUACUACAUUAAUUGAUGCUAUUAUACUGUUUUUUUCAUUUUUUAUUGUAUGUCGAGCUAUCGAUGCAUUGGCCGGUGUAUCGAAAGCAUUACCACGUCGAACAACAAAAUCAUUUCUUUCAAAAGAUAAAAUAACAUCGACAUAUCGAUUUCAAAAUGAUUAUCGAAGUCAGUGUUUAUUGGUGCGUGUUGGAACAGUGUCUGUAUCGGCGGCAAUAAAGAAAGUCCAUGAACAAUCUACACAAUGCGAAAAUGAAAAGUUGGUAGUUUAUAGAGGAUCUAAAAUGUCUGUUGAUGAAUUAGAGAAGAUUCGUGAUAAUAUUGGUGAUGUCUUUACGUCUACAACAUUUUUAUCCACAACACUUUCGAAAGAUUUGGCAAUGCUUUAUGCUGGUAAACCAUCAUUAGAUUCAUCUCAUACUCAGUCUGCAGUGUUUAAAAUAGAAACUGAUCCUCACAUAACCACAAAACCAUACGGUAAUAUAAUAACAAUUCGUUCGUGUGGUGAAGAAGAAGUGUUAUUUUCAAUUGAGAGUACAUUAUGA